AUGGUGGACAAGGAGACGGAGGUGAUCGCGCAGGAUGAUCUGGACAUGCAGCGUCUGGGCAAGGCCCAGCAGUUUAAGAGGAACUUCCGCUUCUACUCCAUCUUGGGCUUCACCACCACGCUGAUGGCCACAUGGGAGUCGAUUUUGCUCACAAGUACCUACGGCUUGAUCGAUGGGGGUCGGGCCGGCAUGCUCUAUGUGUACCUGACCUCCUUCAUUGGGUUUUUCGCGGCAGUCAUUUCCAUGGCCGAGAUUGCGUCCAUCGCCCCGACCUCUGCUGGGCAAUAUCACUGGGUCAGUGAAUUUGCCGGUCCGCGGUUCCAACGCUUCCUGAGCUACAUUACCGGAUGGCUGUCGGUGGUCGGCUGGCAGACCGCAUUCGCCAGCAUCUGCUUCCUCUGCGGCACAUUGAUCCAGGGUCUGCUCGUCUUCAACUAUUCGGAUCCGUCGGGCUGGGUUUAUGGCUUUGAGCGGUGGCAUGGCACACUCUUUACCAUGGCCAUCGCCAUCGUGGGCACGCUGGUCAACACCUUCGGUGCCAAGUUCUUGCCACCAUUGGAAGGUGUCAUUUUGUUCCUCCAUUUGGGGGGAUUUGUCGCAGUCCUAGUUCCGAUCUGGGCGAUGUCUCCGUCCACCGCCUCUUCCCAGGAGGUCUGGACGCAGUUUACGAAUGGGGGUAAUUGGUCUAGCAUGGGUCUGGCAUGUCUGGUAGGCCAGCUGACUCCCAUCUUCUCAUGGACCGGCCCUGAUGCUGCAACGCACAUGUGUAAGUCCGUGCCACAAGAAUUUUUCAAGUUCGCGACUGACGAUUUUCCAGCCGAGGAGGUUCAAAAUGCCGCUUUGAUUGUUCCGUGGUGCAUGGUCUCGACCGCGAUCAUCAACGGCGUCCUGGGAUUCGUGAUUUUGGUCUCAUUGCUGUACAACAUGGGCCCAAUGAAGGCUGUCCUCACGCCCGCUAGUGGCUUCUCCUUUAUCCCAGCCGUUCAUCACGCCACCGGCUCCAAAGCUGCCACAAAUGGCGUGGCUGCGAUCAUCCUCGUGAUGGAGGUCUGCAGUGCCAUCAGCAUUCUAGCAACCUCUUCCCGGCAGACAUUUGCUUUCGCGCGUGACAAUGCCCUUCCUUUUUCAGCGGCGCUAUCCCGCGUCAAUCGGCUGGCGGGGAGUAAGAUUCCCGUACUAGCCGUGCUGGUCACGACUGUCGUCACCAUGCUGCUGAGCUUGAUCAACAUCGGAUCCACUGCUGCCUUUAAUGCCAUUGCCUCGGUGAUGGUAGCGGCUCUUUUCACCACGUAUAUUCUGUCAAUCGGUGCUCUGAUUCGCGCACGUUUCCAGUCCGGUGGUAUUCCGCCAUCCCGAUUCUCUCUCGGGAAAUUUGGGCUUCCACUCAAUGUGUUGUCAGUCGGGUAUCUUAUCUUCGCCAUCACCUUCACCUUCUUCCCGACCGCGUACAGACCGACUCCUGUGACAAUGAAUUGGUCGAUCUUGGUGUUUGGAUUUACAAUGCUUUUCGCGGUUGGAACCUAUUUUGUCCAUGGCCGGAAGAUGUACCAGGCGCCCGUCAUCCACGUGCACCGGGGCUAG